AUCGCCCACGGCCCAGGGGAAAGGAAUCGACCGAGGGCGCGGGGCGGGCUCUCCAAACAUGUGAGAAGUGGGGGCAGAAAGCGCCCGGGAGACGCCGUCCGGCCGCCGACCCCGAGCUCCGGGACCAUGGGCGGGAUGUUGGCUGCCUCCCCGGCUGGUGUUUGAAGCCGCACUUCCACCGAAGGAGGUGGAAGAUCACCCACCCCAUCGUUCCACUUCCAAGAACCAGCUCGCCGAACUUAUCUGUUGCCGGGCUUUACUUUUGCAGCAUUCAUUUUGAAGGAUACAACAGUUUGUAUUGUAUUUGUUGUGGUUUUUUCAUCAGAAGAGAGGGAGGAUAUUCUGCACCUGGUGUUUCAUAUUACCAGUUGGUACAUUUUCUCUUGUUUAGAUAUGACGAAGCGGCACAGUGCAAUGGUAUCCUCAUCAAUGCUCGCUUAACUGGACUUUCAACUCGAUGUUUUAAAAUCACGGGCAUUCAGUGGACUUUAUAUCAGAUUUCAUCUCCACUUAUCCUGGUUUCAAUGCAGCAAUGGGUUGCUUCUGCACUACACAGGAAGAAUUUUAUUGCGAGGUAUUACUUUUGGAUGAAACCAAGCUUACCCUAACCACUCAACAACAAGGAAUAAAAAAAUCUACCAAGGGGUCUGUUGUCCUGGAUUAUGUCUUUCGACACGUAAACCUGAUGGAGACAGAAUACUUUGGUUUGCGCUAUUGUGACAGGAGUCAUCAAACUUACUGGCUGGAUCCCAUGAAAACCCUUGCUGAACACAAGGAUCUCAUAAACACUGGCCCACCCUAUACAUUAUAUUUUGGUGUAAAGUUCUAUGCAGAAGAUCCUUGUAAACUUAAGGAAGAAAUAACAAGAUACCAGUUUUUUCUACAGGUCAAACGGGAUGUCCUUCAAGGUAGAUUGCCUUGCCCUUUAAACAUUGCCGCACAAUUGGGUGCAUAUGCUAUCCAGUCCGAACUUGGAGACUAUGAUCCUUUUAAGCACACAGCCAACUACGUAUCUGAAUAUCGCUUUGUUCCUGAUCAGAAGGAGGAUCUUGAAGAAGCAAUAGAACAAUUUCAUAAAGCUUUACUGUAA